AGGGAAGGGUUAAGUGCUCUGCUCCAUAAACUCUGCUCUAAGAGUCUGCUGGAAGCUACUGGUUCAGUCUUUAAAUACAGUCAUUUGACACAUCCCAACAGGGGCUGUAGCUGAGAGCAACAACUGACCCAAACUCAGGUUCUGAGGCAAGCUGGUGUGUCAUCGUCACACUGUUGUGGACAGCAUGAAGGCUUUCUUAUUCACCUGUAUGUUGGUACCUUGGCUGAUGGCAGCCACGGCCAGAGGGUUCAACCAGAACUCGCAACUGAUAUCAGGAUCUCUACCUGGCAACGAGCUGGACACAUACUUCAGCGACAAUUUCAUAUCAAGCAAGGCUAGGAGGGCACUGCCUCCUGCUGAUGAACCCGAUGACAGCCCGAUCCCGGAGGAAGCAGACAGUUUAGACCUGCCCACCUGCCUGCUGUGUGUGUGUCUCACUGGCUCUGUGUACUGUGAAGAGGUCAGUCCGGACAUGACUGCUGUCCCGAAGCUGCCUAAAGAGACGGCCUACCUGUACGCCCGCUUCAACAAGAUCAAAAAGAUCAACACCAAGGACUUUUCUGAAAUUGUGACUCUGAAGAGGAUUGACUUGACGGGGAACCAGAUCUCAGAGAUUGAAGAUGGGGCGUUCUCUAAACUCGCCGCACUGGAGGAACUGUCUCUGGCUGAGAACAGACUGGUCAAACUUCCAAUGCUUCCUGCCAAACUCACCGUCUUCAAUGCCAACAACAACCUCCUCAAAACCAAGGGUGUCAAAGCCAACGCUUUCAAGAAAAUGACCAAGCUGGUUAACCUGUUUCUAGCCGACAACCAACUGGAGGCUGUUCCAAUAAUCCCAGAGACUGUUCGGAUCUUACAUCUACAGAACAACAACAUCACCCUGGUGAACAAAGACACCUUCUGCAAGUCUAAUGACACCUACUACCUGCGACUAAGCCUCAGUGAGGUCCGUAUGGAUGGCAACCCUGUGAUGUUGUCCAAGUACCCUGAUAGCUUCACCUGUAUGAAGGUACUGCCUGUUGGACGGUACCGCUGAGGAGGCAGAUGUUUUACUGUAGCCCCUUUGACGAAGCAGUUUUCCCACAGUGCUUAGGGGUGGGGAAACUGUGACGUUCUGGAUGUUGGGGGCACUGGUCCUAUUGUGUCAAUGAUUUACUUCAACAAACCUACAAACAGCUUGUGACAUUGUCAGGUCGAAAUGAAACCAUUCACCGGACUGAAGGAGAAGAAUUAAACAAACUCUCCUAUGGUGGCUCUGAUCAGUCUAUGAGGAGCUACACGAGAGGUGUUCAGAGUAAUAGUCACGUAAAUUGGUGCAAAACCACCUGAGAAGGUGUGUGAAGACUUCAAUAUGCUCCAAACUAGUUUGUCUGACCUUGUGUUAAAUCGGUGCUUCAGCUAAUUAUUAAUGUCCUUACUUAAAAGGAGGUGAGAAGCCUGUCGCCCAUGGUCUCUCUUAGCUUUUUUGCAUCACAUUGCAGUUUUUAUACAUUAAAUCAUACAAAUGGGCAUGAUAGCCCACUUUCAGACAGUCUCUCCUUCAAAGUGAUUGAAAAGCUUGAAAAAGAAGUUGAAAAGCUGCAUACUUUUACACCUCUGUCAGCGUAUCUUUUUUUGAACAAAGACUUUGAUUUGGCCAAUGGAAAAAAAGGGGACUCUGACUUGAAAAAUAAACUUAGUCUGAAGCAUACAGAGGUAUUCACACAUAAGAGACGGAUAAUCUAAAAUAUUCGUGCUCAGAAAACAACACAGGUGAGUUGUCUUCUGAGCUUCUUCUGCACAAGUGGCGUAUCACCAGAAGUAAUAAUGUAACCCUGAUGUGAAUGAGGGGCAAAGCACCAUUGCCUCCACAGCGACAGUCCCACCUUUUGUUUAAUUUUGACCUGACGCUGUUCUCCCUGGAUGAAGGAAACAACACAAACUGCUUGUUACACUGAACCCACUCACACCUGCAGCCGCAGGUCAACAAAAUUCCAGAUAUUAUUGCAACUUUCUAAAUAUCUCUGCUGCUUUUAACAAGUAUUUUGUACAGUGUAAAAUCUCUCAUGUCAAUGUUUUACAUUGAACUAGUGCAUACCUCCAAAAGAAGGUGAAAAUAAUUCCUGGAUCCACCAUUUAUCCAGGUACUAAUGUAUGUGUUCUUCAUUGGGUGAUGCCCCAACUCUCCACAAUAAUUAAUAGAAAUAGUUUUUGCAUAAUCCUGGUUACUAACAAACAGACAAAUGCUGAGGACACCUUGAACUGCCAACAGAAAUCAUCUGUAAAUACUUUUCUUAUAAAGUGUUGUCAGAAUGAAUUCAACAUAUAUUUCAACGCUCUGGGCUUCACCCAUUGUGUGAAUUAAUUUGACUAUUAAUUAUUCCAUUACUAAUGUUUCUCCAUAGAGGCGAUGGCCAAGUAAAUCGGUCCAGCUGCAGGCUUUUUCAAGUAUUUUGUGACUUAACUUUACUUUGUUCAUUUUAAUUUAUAGACUCCAGUUGAAGUGACCUGGGGAGCAAUGUAGCUAUGAUCUAUAGUAAUGUGAAAAUUACUCCUUUCUUUUUUUUGUCUUUUUUGAAAAUGUCUGGCUUGUGUCCCUUACUCUUCCCUUCCAGUAAUAACAAGAAGUUAUCACUGAUGUGAAUAAGAAAGUGAUAAUUAGGAAGGCGUGUAUGUGACAUGGCUUUGUUUUUAAGAUAUUUU